AUGCGUACCUCAACAUUUGCCUGGGCAGCCCUUUCCGCCCUCUCCGCCCUGGUCUCGGCCGCCGACCUCGAAGCAUGGAAGUCGCGAGCCAUCUACCAGGUCAUGAUUGACCGCUAUGCCCACGAUGACGGCUCUACAGACCACAACUGCACGCUGUACGACUUUUGCGGCGGCACCUGGAAGGGUCUGAUGAACAAGCUCGACUACAUCCAAGAUAUGGGUUUCACCGCCGUCCAGAUCAGCCCCAUCGUCAAGAACAUUGAUGACAACACCGCCGUCGGUGAGGCUUACCACGGCUACUGGUCCCUCGACAACUAUGCCCUCAGCGACAAGUUCGGCACCAAGGAGGACUUGGACGCCCUUGUCGCUGAGCUGCACAAGCGUGACAUGUACCUCAUGGUCGACGUCGUCGUCAACAACAUGGUCCAGAAGCUUGAUUCGCUCCCGCCCAAGCUCGACUACAGCAAGUUCAACCCCUUCAACGACGAGAAGUACUUCCACCCCUACUGCAACGUGACCGAGUGGGACAACAGCACCAACUACCAGGACUGCUGGCUGUACCCCUACGGCGUCGCCCUCGCCGACCUGGCCACCGAGACCGCGCCCGUCUACACCGAGUUCAGCAAGUGGAUCAAGGAGCUCGUCUCCAACUACUCCAUCGACGGUCUUCGCAUUGACGCCGCCAAGCACGUCAACGACGCCUUCCUGCCCACCUUUGUCAACGCCUCCGGAGUCUUCGCCUUCGGUGAGGUCUUGACCGGUUACACGCCCGACUUCUGCCGCUACCAGACCCUGAACCUGCUGCCCGGUAUGCCCAACUACCUUGAGUACUACCCCCUCAACAGCGUCUUCUUCGGCGGCGAUAUGAACUCGCUCGCCGACUUGCGCUCCCAGGCCCGUGACGGUUGCACCGACAUCUUUGCCCUCGGAUCAUUCGUCGAGAACCACGACAUGCCUCGUUUUGCCGUCCACAACGAGGACAUGGCCCUUGCCAAGAAUGCCAUGGCUUACAUCCUUUUGACUGACGGCAUCCCCACCGUCUACCAGGGCCAGGAGCAGCACUUCAAUGGAAAUUCCACCCCCUUCAACCGCGAGCCCCUCUGGCAGUCCAAGUACGACACCGAGGCGCCCCUCUACACGCUGACGUCUACGCUCCUCAAGACGCGCAACCAGCUGCAGAAGAUGAACAGCGCCUUCGCUACCACGGCGUCUGAGCAGCUCUUUGUCGAGGACACGCACCUGUGCCUGCGCAAGGGCCCCGACGGCGCUCAGGUCGUCUUCUGCAUCACCAACAAGAGCUCCAAGGGCGACUCGUACACGCUCAGCAUGGGCGGCUUCAACCCGGGUGACCAAGUCGUCGAGGUCCUCUCAUGCGCCACCAGCACCGCCGACGGCAACGGCAACGUCACCUUGUUCAUGGACAAGGGCGAGCCCAAGGCCGUCGUCCCCGUGUCGGUGCUCAAUGGCACCUCGAUCUGUGCCAACGGCACCAAGGAGGCCGGCAAGGACAACGCCGCUGCUGGCCUCGGCGGCAGCCUGACGCUGGUCCUGGCCUCGGUCAUGGCCGCCUCGUUUGCUCUCCUCGCGUAA